UUUCUUAUUACUUCCAUCGAUCUUUGUACUAACCGUCAAUGGCGAUGGGCUGUUGAAUCUGACCGCUUUCCCGUCCAAAUUAGCAGAGAACCUCGCAGCAUAUACCAGAAGCAAAUAUGCAAGACAAGGUGUUAAACUCGCGGGAUGAACACCUUCGCAUGGUCGCAUCUGUGGAAUCGAUCGCCGCCGCCAUCACGCCGAAUUCGCUGUGAAGUUAUGGACAGAGAGAGUCCUUUUUCUUCGAGCACAGAGAAGAAGAUGCCUUCGAAUCUUAGCAUAUUCGCUGAAUCGAAGAUUCCGCAACAGAAAAUCUGUGGGGGAGUUGUCUUCCCCUCCGUGCUAUCUCCGGCAUCGGUGCAGGACUACGAACCGUCGGUUUUACUGGCGGCCGUGAGAGAUGGGAAGCCUCGGCUGGACACUCUGCUUCACACUCACGGCGCAAUUCUGUUCCGUGGGUACAAUUCGUCUCCCACUGCUUCGUACUUCAACGACGUCGUCGAAGCGUUUGGGUACGAGGAGCUUCCGUACGUCGGCGGCGCUGCUCCGAGGACCAACGUUGUCGGUCGUGUUUUUACUGCGAACGAAUCGCCGCCGGAUCAGAAAAUACCUUUUCAUCAUGAAAUGGCUCAGGUUCCCGAGUACCCUUUGAAGUUGUUCUUCUUUUGUGAAGUUGAACCCGUAGAAGGAGGAGAAACCCCUAUUGUUCUCAGUCAUGUUGUGUAUGAGAGAAUGAAAGUGAAACACCCCGAGUUUGUUGAAAAACUAGAGAAGCAUGGAGUUAUAUAUGUACGAGUCUUGGGAGAAGACGACGAUCCCUCUUCCCCAAUUGGUCGAGGCUGGAAAUCAACAUUCUUGACAAAUGACAAGAGCGUGGCUGAAGAAAGAGCUGCUAAGCUAAACAUGAAGCUGGAGUGGACGGAAGACGGCGUGAAGACGAUUAUGGGGCCGAUCCCGGCCAUAAAAUACGACGAGACAAGGCAGCGCAAGAUCUGGUUCAACAGCAUGGUGGCUGCCUACACCGGGUGGGAAGACAAACGCAACGACCCCAAAAAGGCAGUCAUGUUCGGGGACGGGACUCCAUUGCCGGAGCAGCUCGUGCUAGAUUGCCUGAAAAUCCUGGAAGAGGAAAGUGUUGCCAUCCCAUGGGAGAAGGGCGAUGUGAUACUGAUCGACAACUUAGCGGUUCUCCAUGCCCGGAGACCAUUCACCCCGCCACGCCGGAUUUUAGCUUCACUCUGUAAGUAAAAGUCUUGCCUUUUCUACAGUUGUAUUUGUAUGUAUGUACGAUCCUUUGUUAGGAACACUUUUUGAAGGGGGCAAGGGCAAAUCUUUUGUAGUAUUUGAUAUUUGACAUGCAAUAAAACACGGGCUCGGGCUGGUGUGUUACUAUUUUUUAAUCUUAAUUUAUAAUUAUUUUUAUUAUA